CGGCGAGGUCUCGAGGUCUCUCCAUGGCGUGGCGGUGGCCGCGAGCGGCGAGGGGGUUGGGGGUGGGGAGGAGGAGGAGGGGGUGGUCGGAGGCGGCGCUGUUCGCGGCGGAGCAGCGGGCGACGCUGGUGAACGUGAAGCUGAAGUGGGUGAAGGACCGGGCGCUCGACGCGGCGGUGUCGCGGGAGCGCCACCUGCGCGACGCCCACCACCUGCUCGACCUCGUGUCGUCCCGGCCGGGCCACCGCGCGUCGCGCCCCGAGCUCCUCGCCGACAGGUCCGUGCGCAAGGCGUUCGGGUGCGCGGGCGCGGUGGACGCGUUCCUGGGCAGGUACCACACGCUCUUCGCGCCGCGCCGCGGCGGCGGCGUGUCCCUCACGGACGCGGCGCUCGACCUCCGGCGGCGGGAGGCGGACUGCCUCGUCGAGUCCGAGCCCGACCUGGUGUCCCGCCUCCGCCGCCUCCUCAUGCUCACCCUGCCGCGGUCGCUCCCGCUCCACACCGUCGACCUCCUCCGCUGGGACCUCGGCCUGCCCCGCGACUACCGCGCGUCCAUCCUCCGCCGCUACCCGGAACAUUUCGCUCUCGAACAGCCCGAGGGCGAUGAGCGCGUCUGGCUCCACCUCCUCUCGUGGGACGACGGUCUUGCCGUCUCGGAGCUAGAGAAGAGCGCCGGCGUCGGUGACACCACUUGCCUCCCUUUCCCGGUGAGCUUCACGAAGGGGUUUGGUCUCAGAAGCAAGUGCGUUAACUGGCUGAGGGAAUGGCAGGCCCUGCCGUACAUCAGCCCCUACGCCGACCCGUCGGGCCUUGAUCACCGCACAGAUGUGUCGGAGAAGAGGAAUGUAGGGGUGUUCCAUGAGCUGCUGCACCUCACGGUGGCGAAGAGGACAGAGCGCCACAACGUGAGCAACAUGAGGAAGCUGUUUGGCAUGCCACAGAAGUUCACCAAGGUGUUUGAGCGCCAUCCAGGCAUUUUUUACCUCUCUCGAGUGCUUGGUACGCAGACAGUUGUGCUCAGGGAAGCUUAUGGUGAUGGAAGUCUGCUGCUCGAGAAGCAUGCACAUCCACUUGUUGCUAUCAGGGAGGAGUAUGCGACAGUGAUGAGGGCGGCAUUGCCGCCAAGGAGGAAGAGGCUUAGGGAAAAUGACUCUUGCAGCAAGCGGGAUGAGGAUUAUGAGGGAGGAGAAGAAUUUGAACUCACUGAAUGAAUUCCUCUGUGCAAUGAAUCAAUUUUGAGUGCACUGAAAUGAAGAAGAAUUAGUGAAAUCACACAAUGACUUGUUAGGCAAAAAAAGACUUAGUGAACCUCAUUAGAUGGAUCCCUUGCAACGCCAACAGCAAAGCAGUAAUUUGAUGAGCAGUAGCUUUGGGCCAGGCAGACCGUGUGAACAUUAGAUUUGCAAAGUUGGAAGCAUGCACGUUUGCUCCCUUGCGCCAUGUGAGAAUUGGACCUCAUCUAGUUGAGCCAAGUGCCCAAGUGGCAUCCUUGCAUAUCAGAAAUUCUCCAAUCAGUGGCACCACCAGCAGGAUUUCAUUAUAUGUUUCUCAAUAUCUAUUUGAUUGUAUUCAUCUUGUUAACAUUAUUUUGUGCAGACAUGUUCAUCUGGUAAUGAACUUGUACUUUCAUUGCACUCAGUUGCCUUUGUUGUGUCCUUUGUUUCUACGUGUAGAUAGCAUGCACAGUUGCACAUCCAUAUUAUGCUUAAAACUUAUUGGCAUAGUUUGUAAACCCAGCGUGUAGAAUCAAUUGUUCAAACUCCAGAGUCCUUUGUUCCUAGUAUAUGACUUGCAGCUAGUAGUCUCAUUUUGAGGUGGUUUCUGAAGUUAUGAGAGUUCAUAGGUUUACUAAUCCAAAAUUCAAUUGAAUAAUUCAGUUUCCAACAAUCAUAAAAAGUUCAUUCAGUUAGGAGGCUGUAGCUAUAGCAGGGCUUUAUGUUUGUUAUUGUGAUGUAAUUAACUCAAAUAUAUUAUUUUCAAUCUUUGUUUGAACUGGUGUUUUCUUUUCUUGUAAUAGCAGGCCUUACUACUUUCUUCGGCAUCAUGUUGUUGCUUACUUUCAAUUCUUAAUACAAUCAAAAUAAGGGUCAAUGAACUAGGUGUACAAGGAUUAUGUGUGUAUGCAUGUUGCGCACACGUGAUAGGAGUGGAUCAGAGGACCCUGAGCCUUUGGGACGCUGACAACUGGGGAGAAGAUGAACAUUUGCAUCAAUCAAUUUCAGUUGAAUCUAGUUUUUUGCUCAGACCAACAAAAGGGCUUCACAAAGUAGGCUUUCGAAAGUCAUGCCCAUGUGCUGCACUUGUACUGAAAAGGCUGUGAUAGUGAGAACUCUCUACCUGAUACCUCUCGGUUGUUGAAUGGUUAUCAUCUCAUAUGAUUAGUUCCAAUCACCAAUUGUUGACUAGAGUCUUGGUCUAAUAAUUGAUUAUUAUAGAUUCAGUCCAUCUUCAUGAAUGGAUUACCAUUGGCAGAAUUUGUACAGGCCCUGUUAAUUAUUCAUGAUCAUUUAUGGGCAACUCAUCUAUGGAUAUUGUUAAUAUUGCAUACAUCUAAUAUCACAGAUGCCCGCUAAUUAUUCUUGACCAUUUAUGGCCAUGAUUGGACAUCCUCGUAAACUACUUCUGAAGGCUUGGUUGAUGAUAGAAAUUCAUUCUUUUAGUAGAAAGGUAGACGAUCAUGUGAAAUCCGAGGUAUUUGGAAUGGCAAAGGCUCCAACAGGCAGUCUAAGAGUGAGAGGCACAAUCUUUGCACUACUGAUCACUUGCUACUAUAGAACAAGACGGGGUGUGAAUGACAUGCAUACUUCAUUUAUCAUGGAUUCAUACUGUAAUGCUGUUAAGGUGUAGCUAUAGCAAGGUCCACCAAUGCUAUCAUGGAGGCUACCGAACCAUGGUACAAUAUUCCCUUGUGCCAACGAAAGCGUCAUUUCCACAAGCAUAUGUGAAAUGAUCUGGUGGUCACCCAACAAUUUUAGAAGCUCUAUUUAGCAUCUGUCUAACAUUAGUUAACCUCAGGAUUGUUGCAAAUGAAAUGUGUGAGCCUGCUGCAGAAAGUACAGAAGACGGCACACAACUACAGUACUACACCAAUGGUCCAACACAAGUACACAACUAGAAGUUGAUUGCAGGUAGUGUGCUGCGCGUUAUCCAAGCACAGGAAGGUACCCUGCUAAAUUAGGGGCGCAGGUUAGGUCAAUAGGACCAAGUGUGUUGUGGUACUUCAAACCUUUGUAAAUGAUUGUUGGCAACUAGGCAAAGUUAGGACUUUGGAGAAGAGGAGCGGGGGUGAUUUGGAGCUUUCAAAACCAGCCUCGCAUUCAUGCAUAUGGGUGUAGAUCAUGGAGAAAGCAUUGUAUUUAAUUAUGAGGGAUCUGAAAUCGCCCACCAGGCAUACAAAGAUCCAGAAUCAAUAUGGCCAUACUUAUCCCAGUGAUGACUGAUGAUAUGCCCCACUUCCAUUCACACAGCUUGCACAUGCCUUGAACAUUUGCAAACCUACCUCACUUUGUAUAUCACUGCUCCUGGAGUCUAUAUAUUAUGCAAGCAUCCAGUCCACAACCAGACAGGACAAAAUUCCUAACCCCGUGCAGCAUCUUAUAGUCUUGAUCACAUUCCAAAAUCCAAACUGCGCUAUUGACAAAGGCAUGGAGACCUCAUUAGCAUUGUUGGUCAGAUCUCUAAAUAGAGAGAUGAAGCAACAAUGUAAAGAGUACGAUAUUGUACAUGUCAUGAAUUUUGUUACAGAAAUAUUAUAUGUGAA